AUGGAGUUGGAAGAAAACAGCAAUCUUUCAUUGCCUUUUGUCAAGAAGAAUUCAGAAGGUAUCCUAAAGCACAGCAUUUACAACAUACAAGAAAGAAUAGAAUCUAUACUCAUCUUAUCUCAUCCAGAAACAAGUGUGAAAAUGGACAUACAUAGUAGAAAAAUCGAACUGAAAAGUGAGAUACAGUGCGACGAACACACUCAAAUCACGUCCAAGGCAGUGAAAAGACCUUUCGAUGUCGCUUUUCUGAUGUUACCAGACGAAAAACUAAAACAGAAACAGAGCAAGAUCGCAAAGAAUAUCACGUUUGAAAAAGAACUUGAAGUGAGUUAUAAUAACAACGAUGAGGACGAAGAGAUCGAAGUCGAGGACACUCCACGUGAGUACAAAUUGCAUCAGAAAUUUUUCACACAAAAACAACAGAUUUUUGACGACCCCAAUCUGAUUAAACCGAAAAAUUUAGAAGAUCUCAGAAGUAAAUCGCUAUCGUCGCCGUCAGAUCAAAAAAGUGCUUUUACUAAAGUAAACCUCUCCACAAAGGAACCUCGGGUGUCCCCCGGCUUAUCAGCGAGUCCGGAACUGAGCUACCAAAAUUCUUUGAGCCCUUCUCCACCUAUAAUAAACCGCAACUAUCAAAACUUCCCCACGAGCAUGCUUUCGCCUAGCCAGAUCUUCAAAAACCAACAAAUCACUGCAUAUCAAAACCAAUUCCUACCGGAAAAUUUCCACCAUCCCAGUGGCAACUUAGAAAACACAUUCUUCAAAACACAACCGGAACUUAUCCAACCCAAUUUCGCUAAGAUGCGGCCAAUGUACAGACCGGACCUCACGUACAACUAUCAUCAAUUUCCCAACCAGGACAUGUUGAAAAUGGCCCAGCCUGAUUUAAAAUUUCCAGCUGAUAUCAGAAAUCCGGCGGCGGCGAUCCUAACCUCGCUUUUACCGCCUUCUCUAGCGGCACUGUCGCUGCCUGCUCAAAAUGUGUGUGCCAAGUGCAAUAUAUCGUUUAGAAUGACGUCUGACCUAGUCUAUCACAUGAGAUCUCACCACAAGAGUGAAGCCACAGACAUGAAUAAAAGGAGGAGGGAGGAAAAACUCAAAUGUCCGGUAUGUGCGGAGUCAUUUAGAGAAAGACAUCAUUUGACCAGACAUAUGACUGCACACCAGGACAAAGAUGACGACGACAAAGAUGUCAAAUAAAGGGGACUGCUUUCGAGACGAGGGAUUUUAUUAACACGACUGUCUAUCGGAUUUAUUUCCUUGAUACUUAGUAUGAGGAACGUUCUCUAAAAUAUAUCAAAAAAAUUGUUUCACACUGAUAUUAUACAGUUUACAUAGUACUAAUGCAAUUGAUUCUA